AGCGCGGGGGAGCGCGGCGGCGCCUCUGCCACCAAACUCCUGGGGCUCCGCGGUGUUCGGAGCCAUCUCCUCCCUAACCCUCUCACCAGGCUGCAGCUUUACUUUUCCCUCGUCUUUCUUUUUCUUUAAAAAAGCACAUUUGUCUCCUCUCUCUCUUUCUCCUUCUCUCUUCUGACCACCGCAGCCCGGACCUUCCCGGAUUCUUCUCUCAGGGGCUGCCCAUCCCUCCGGCUGCCCGUGAGGACGCGCCCAGCAUUGGGCGAAGCAAAGAAGAAAAACUUGUCGGAGGGGUUUCUCCAGCCUCCACUAACCGCCCCCCCCCCCUUCUCCCGCGAACCCCAACAACCCGCCGGGGCCAGUCCUAAGUCUGGGAAAGUUCCUCCGGUGCUCAGCGCCCUCUUGGAUCUGCACGGCACCGGUGCUGGCUGUGGAAUUAGAUCUGUUUUGAACCCAGUGGAGCGCGUCGCGGGCGCUCGGAAGUCACCGUCCCCUGGAGCCCGGGUGGCGCUGCUUGCGAGAACCCGGGAGUUUGCCAGCCCGGCUGCAAGUGACCUUUCCUCCCCACACUUGCUGGUACCGUGUCGGCUGAGGACUGCGAGGGUGGCAAGUUGAGAAGAGAGCCCCCGAAGUUCAGAGAGGGCUGGGCUGCCCCUCCUUCGCUCGUCGCUGUUCUCUGCUACUGGGAGUGAAAGCCUAUCGAAACUGACCGAGGCCUGAGGAUCCCACCCGAGACCCACCCUCAGAGCUCGGCCGUUCGCCCCAUCCCCACGGAGAGCCCCGGAGCCCAGGGCGGCAAGGAAAACUCGCGGGGCAGGGGAGGGAGGUCGAGGCAGCGGCAUGGCGAGGUUCCCGAGGGCCGACCUGGCCGCAGCAGGAGUUAUGUUACUUUGUCACUUCUUAACCAACCGAUUCCAGUUCGCCCACGCGGAGCCUGGAAACCAAAUCACUGAUUGGAAGUAUGACGUUUCAAAGGCUUUUCCUCAAAGAAAAGAUGGGGUGGAUGUGGAUUCACAAGCAUACAGCCACAGGUGGAAAAGAAAUUUGGACCCUUUUAAGGCAGUGGACACGAACAGAGCCAGCAUGGGCCAAGACUCACCAGAGCCCAGAGGCUUCACUGACCUGCUACUGGAUGAUGGGCAGGACAAUGCCACCCAGAUUGAGGAAGACACAGAUCACAAUUACUACAUAUCUCGGAUAUAUGGCCCAGCAGAUUCUGCCAGCCGAGACCUGUGGGUGAACAUAGACCAAAUGGAGAAAGACAAAGUGAAGAUCCACGGGAUACUGUCCAACACUCAUCGGCAAGCAGCGAGAGUGAACCUGUCCUUCGAUUUUCCAUUUUAUGGUCAUUUUCUACGUGAAAUCACUGUGGCAACUGGGGGUUUUAUAUACACUGGAGAAGUUGUACACCGAAUGUUAACAGCCACACAGUAUAUAGCACCUUUAAUGGCAAAUUUUGACCCCAGUGUAUCCAGAAAUUCAACUGUUAGAUACUUUGAUAAUGGCACAGCACUUGUUGUUCAAUGGGACCAUGUCCACCUGCAGGAUAAUUUCAACCUGGGAAGCUUCACAUUCCAAGCAACACUCCUCAUGGAUGGACGCAUCAUCUUCGGAUACAAAGAAAUACCUGUCUUGGUCACCCAGAUAAGUUCCACCAACCAUCCAGUGAAAGUCGGGCUGUCUGAUGCAUUUGUCGUUGUCCACAGGAUCCAGCAAAUCCCUAAUGUUCGAAGAAGAACAAUUUAUGAAUAUCACCGAGUAGAACUACAAAUGUCAAAAAUUACCAACAUUUCAGCAGUGGAGAUGACCCCACUCCCCACAUGUCUCCAGUUCAAUGGUUGCGGUCCUUGUGUAUCCUCUCAGAUUGGCUUCAACUGCAGUUGGUGCAGUAAACUUCAAAGAUGCUCCAGUGGAUUUGAUCGCCAUCGGCAGGACUGGGUGGAUAGUGGAUGUCCAGAAGAGGUACAGUCAAAAGAGAAGAUGUGUGAGAGCACAGAGCCAGUGGAGACAUCUCAAACCACCACAACCUCACACACAACGACCAUGCAAUUCAGAGUCCUGACCACCACCAGGAGAGCCGUGACAUCCCAGCUGCCCACCAGCCUACCCACGGAAGAUGACACAAAGAUAGCACUGCAUCUCAAAGAUAAUGGAGCCUCCACAGAUGACAGUGCAGCUGAGAAGAAAGGAGGAACCCUCCAUGCCGGCCUCAUCGUUGGAAUUCUUAUCCUGGUCCUCAUUAUAGCAGCGGCCAUUCUGGUGACAGUUUAUAUGUAUCACCACCCAACAUCAGCAGCUAGCAUCUUCUUCAUUGAGAGACGCCCAAGCAGAUGGCCAGCAAUGAAGUUUCGAAGAGGAUCGGGACAUCCUGCCUAUGCAGAAGUUGAACCAGUUGGAGAGAAAGAAGGUUUUAUUGUAUCAGAGCAGUGCUAAAAUUUUAGGACAGAGCAGCACCAGUACUGGCUUACAGGUGUUAAGACUAAACUUUGCUUAUACCUUUAAAACAGACAGACACACACCCGCAGCCACAACAAAGGAGCCCUAAACUGCUGUAGCCAGAAGGGAGACAAGAUUUCUGGACGAGCCCAGCCCAGGAACAUUGAAAGGAAAACUCAGACUUGUACAAGACACCAUGUACACUGAAUAUAAGAUUCCCUAGUAGAAUGGCAUCCAUGGUUCAUGAGGAACAUCUGUGGACUUGCUGGAAGUGUGACAAGAUGACAAUGUUUUUGGUUUAGGUGCAGGGUUGCAAAGGGAUCAAGGAAAAAAAUAAUGAUAAUAAAUAAAGCUUUAGUUCACAAGGGAUCUAUACCUUUGGUUCAAAUGUUCUUCUCUGAUGUCUCAAAGAUAACCAUGUUCCAAAGCCUGAAUGCUUUCACUGGAAACAGCAAUGAUGAAUGUUUCAAGAUUUGCUCACAGGAGAGCAAAACCAAACACAAAUGGAGGUUUUUCUAUCUUUUCCAAAACAGACUUUCGGCAAAAGGGUUUUAUUUUUUGCUCUAGAUGCAGUUGUUCCAGCAAGUUCAUUACUUCACAGGAUAAAUCUUUUAUCUAUUCAAAAGUUCACUAUGCCUGCUUCUUCCUUGGUAAUGAACACCCUUUCUGUGAGCUGUGACACAGUUUCCAAAUGUUAAGCUAAGGACUAGUGAGGAGGGCAUAGCCAGUGAGGUUUUCCAUUCUCUCACUUCAGAAUAAAAUGAGUUUCAUUUUCAGAGGCACUGCCUCCUCUCCCACCUGGAGCCCCAUGAAGCCUCAUUUGCUCUUGGCUAACAGAAAUAGACAGAAAUAACAGGGAGAACUGUGUGAUAAUUUUUUGAGACAAGUAUCUUAAGGAAUUUUUGAAUAUUCUUUUUUUUUUUUAAGAUCACCAUGUCUGUAUGACAAACACAUUUCAUUGUCAAUUCCUGUCUAAGAAACUAUUCAAGUCAACAUAUCCCUGGUGAUAGGGGAAAAAAAGAAUGAAAUAACCCUGCUGAAUCACGCAGCAAUUUUCUUUAAAGCACAUAGUAGUUACAUAAAUAUAUAUAUAAAUAUAAAUAUAUUUUGUUUAUAACUAACACAAGGCAGGCUCUUGUGGCUCUAAAGAGUGUAUUUUGUCAUCAAGACAAAACAAAUGCAAGAUGUAUCACUGCAUUUCUUCCACAACAUUGUAAGAUAAUCCUUAAUAUUAGAAUAUUUUUAUGUCACUUCCAGAAGUGGUUCAUUUAGUUGCAGCAUGUAUCAUUUUGCCACCUAUUCGAUCCACUCUUUCAUUGAUACCAACCCCCUCGCUCCUUGAUUCAAAGAAGCAGUUGUAUAUGUCCCUUGAGUGGAAUUCUCAUUUAUAAUCUGAUUGCAAUCCAAAUUUUGAAAAUUUUCCCUAUCUAAAGAAAGGAAAUGCACCAAUCGAGGAGGAAAGUUGUUCAGGUAAACCAUGUAUCUAAACAUGAGUUCAGGUACUGUGGCAUAAAAUUCCACCAAUCACUUGACCUGUAAAACCUUUGCAUUCUGUGCCAAGAAAAAGUCCUGGUUCUUACAAAGUACAACGCUCAACAUUUGCAGAUUCAAGUUUCACAAAGCAAAGAUUCUCAACAAUACCACUUCACUGACAGUUUAUAAUCUGUGUACAAUGUCUACACUGGACAGCAUCCAUCCUCUAGCAGAAUGUCAUGUUAUCAUCCCCAGUUUCUUACAUAAUCGAGGGCUCUUUUCUGUCACAUGUAUUUUGCUUUCCACCUUGGAGGAUUUGAUAAUGGUCACUUUUCCCUAAAUUCAGCUAAAAGUAUCAGGAAACAGAGAUGGAAGAGCCACAUGAUUGUAGGAUGUGAUGACAAUCUGUGCCCCAGUUAUGCUCAAGUUAUAAGAAAUAUCUCAGCUUAUUCUUGUUGGUAUAGUUUUGGUGAGAAAGCAGUAGCCAAAUGACUCGCCAAUGUAACUGGUGCAACUGGUAUUCUACAGACACCUAAGGUACACAUAGACGACUUUCCUUUUAGGAUAAGAUAAGGAUGCUUUCACAAGCUUUGGCAAUAAGCAUGGCUUCCAACAGCAAUGAAUUGGCAGCCACGUAAAUCUCUUUGCAUCUACAUCUCACUCCUAACGUAAUUCCUACAAAUAGCAAUGAAUUGGCAGCCACGUAAAUCUCUUUGCAUCUAUAUCUCAUUCUUAAUAUAAUUUCAACAUGUAGUAUUAUUGUCCUUAUACCUUUCAAAGCUCCUUUCAUUUUAUUUUACUUAAAACAGUUGGUAAUUCUCUUAAACGAAUACACAAGACCUUCUGAAUUAUUCAGUAUAUCAAAGCACCAAGUAA